GCUUGAAGCAAACGCAAACGGAGUGUACUCCGCUAGUGGAGAAACAAGCAAGCAGCGCCUGCGCGAAACCAAAUGUUGGCCCACCUGGAUGCCAAGCUCUGCAGAUAGCUCAAGCAUGAAGCUCUUAGACUAACAAAUAUCAGUACUUGUAGAAUCGGCGUGCAGUGCUCGGUGGCACGCAAGGACGAUGUCGUCGUUGAAGCCGGGCUUGUUGUCAGGUCCAAUGAGGACUCUCGCAUCAACAAAGCCCAAAUGCAGGACACUGGAGCAACUGAGUGAAAUUGCAGACUUGCUGCUACAGCAGUCCUUCUUCUCGGGGCUCGACCGCGACACGCUGCUUGCAGUGGCAUUCUUCGUUGAGUCUAAGCAUGCAGAGGCGGGCGAGUGUGUGCUCAGCAAGGGCCAGCCGCUGGAGACGUGGUGCCUCCUGCUCGAGGGCAGCGCCACCCUCACCAGCUACUCCACCAAGCAGCCCCCGGCGAGCACAGGAGGCCUGCUGGCGCAGCCGACGGUGCCUCCGGCGCCCGCGACGCCUGCCCCGCUGACGCGCCCGGCCUCCGGCCGCCUGGGAUCCGUGGGCGGCGGCGCGGGGGCCGCCGGUGCUGAGGUGGUGACGACGGUGGCCCUGCAGGCGCCCGAGGGCAGCUGGGGUGAGGUGGCGCUGCUGCACAGCUCACAGCCGCAGCGCAGCACCCGGACGGUGGUGGCGGGGCCCACGGGCUGCGUGACGCUGCAGCUGCGCCACACCGACUACGACGCGCUGUGCGACCCGCGCGCUGCCAUGAUGCUGCUGCCGUCGGAGGGGCAGGUUGGGCCGCCGGCAGUAGUGGAGCUGAGCAUGACGCAGCGCCGCGCCGCCACGCACGCGCUGCUGUGCUGCGCGGUGCGCCGCCUGGCCUCCGCCCGGCCGCCGGCGGCGCGCACGGCUGAGGACGUAUCUGAGCUGCAGCCGCUGCUGGGCUGCCUGCCGCCGUACCGGGCCUACGCGCCCGAGCUGCUGGCGGCCAUGGCGGGGCACGGCAGUGUGAUGCGGCUGCCGGCGGGCAGUAUGGUUUACGAGGCGGGCACACUGGCAGACACGCAGGUGACGGUGCUAUCUGGGGAGGUGGAGCUGCGUCGCUUUGGCGCCAGUGGGGUCGAGGACAGCGAGGUGGACGGCGGCGGUGUGCCGGGCUCGCGCCUGUCAGGGCCGGCGCCGCCUCCGGCUGAGGACGAGUCUAACAGCAUCCGGGCGCGGCUGAAGAAGGAGCGAGACGCCCGCAAGGCGCUUCAGGCCCGGCUGGACGACUACGUGGGGCGCAUGCAGGGCGAGACCGGGGACAACACCGGCGAGACGGCGGCGGGCAAGGCGGCAGCGGUGGCGGCGGCGGCCAAGGCGGCGGCUGCCUCCAACCACGUGGACUGGACGCGUAUGUUCAUGCAGAAGGCCAUGGCCAGUGCCGAGCCCCUGUGGAAGGCGCUGCACCCGGAUGACACCCAGCAGCCGGGGGCGGGCGGCGGCACCGGCGGCCGCAGCAGGCCCAGCGACACCGGCGAUGGAGACGACGACAUGGCCCAGCUGCUGGGUCCGGCGGUGGCCAAGGCCUACUUCAGGGGGCUGCGGGGGCAGGGCUACACCGACAAUGAGGGUAUGGGCGCGGCGGGCGGCGUGGGCCGCGGCAGCGAGAGCGGCGGCCCCGGUGGUGCCGCCAGCGGGGCCGGAGCUGGCGGCGGCGGCGGCGAGGGCUCGGUCCGGGCAGUGCGGGCUGCGCGGUGGGGCUUCAGUGUUGACGGCCCCGAGAGCGAGUCGGAGAAGAAGCUCAGGCACAUGGCCAUGCGCGCCAGCCGCAUCCAGCGCGACCGCGCCUCCCGCUCCCAGCCCGGCGCCUACAGCGCCGCUGACAUGGAGGAGGCGUACGGCGGGCUGUUGGGGACCGUGGGGCCGGGCAGCUGCGCGGGGGAGCUGUCCACACACACGUUGCACAGCGCCAUGCGGCAAGAGAACGCCGUGGCAGGUCCCUCCGGCUGCGAGGUCAUGCUGGUGGACUGGGACGCGUACCAGCAGGGCGUGCUAAACGCCCGUGCCGGCGCUCUGACCCGCUCCGCGGUCUUCCUGGCGGACCUGCCGCCCGGCCGCCUGCUGCAGCUGGCGGAGCUGUGCCUGGUGCUCAGUGUGGCGCCCGGCACACUGCUGGCCAAGCAGGCCGCGCCGCUGGAGAGCAUGGUGGUGGUGCAGUCCGGGGAGUUGCUGCUGCUGCACGAGCUGCCUGCCACACACCGCAGCCCGAAGCCCCACACCCUCACCGCUAGCGCCGUGUCGCGCACCCGCAACGGCCGCAUCCACACGCUGCCGCUGCUCAGCACCCUCAACCAAACCGUGCUGCCCACCGCCGCCGCCGCCAAGGACGCCACCGCGGCGGCACUCAGCGGCCCCGCGCCGCCAGGCGCAUCGCCGGCGCCCCCGGCGCCGCCACCAGCGCUGGGCAGUCCUGCAGGCUCGGCGCCGUCGUCAGCGGGCGGCAACAACGCGGGCGGGAACAUGUCUGAGGUUACGCUGCACGGACUGCCGCUAGGGGAGCUGGGCGUCAGCAGCAUUGUGGGCGAGGGCAUCCUGGGCAUCAAAGAGAAGGAGCGCGAGCGGGAGCGUCAGGGGUCACGGGCUGGCGACGGCACCGCCUCCGCCUCCGGGUCGGGCUCCGGCGGAGCCGACGGCGCCGCCUCCGCGCCAGGCGGAGCCGGAGCGCUGGACGCGCACGCGCCGCACCCGCCGCCUGGCGGGCCCUCGCCGCCGCCGCAGCCACCCGGCGGCGGAGCCGCCGGCUCUGCUGCUGCCGGCGACGGCGGCGCGCCCAAGUGGUCUGCCACGGUGCUGGCGUCCAAGCCGAGCGUGCUGCUGGUCAUCCAGAAGAGCGUGUUGUACAUGGCGGAGUUCGACUUCCUUCGUGGCGAGCUGCAAAAGUACGCGGCGGAGCGGCAGGCCUGGGUUGGCAAGCGCGUGGAAGCCGCGUACCGCGACGCCGCCGCGCACGGCUCCGUGCCGGCUGUGUUUUCAACCAGUGCGUCGCCGGCACCGCCGCUAGCGGCAUCGCCGGCGCCGCCGCCGGGCUCAGGCCUGUCGUCGCCGUCGCUGCGGCGGUCCAUGUUCGCCGCCACCACCAACGCCGCUAUCGCAGCCGCCUACAUCUCCUCCACCAUCACCGUCUCCAGCGGCGGUAACAUCACCGGCGGCGGCGCCGGCUCAGGCGGCGGCGGCGGCGGCAUCCUGGGUCAGCUGGCGGAGGCGGGCGCCACCAACGACCUUGUCCGCGGUAUCACCGGGGACAUCAUGGGCCCAUCAGCAGGCGGCGGCGCCACCGACAACGGCCUUGACUCCGGCUUCCGCCCGGGCACGGCUUCGCCCAUGCGCACGCCUAGCAUCAGCGGCCACCGCGGCAGUGUGGACGGCGGGCCGCCCAGUGCCAACGUGCUGGGCCGCUCCGGCAGCCUGACUGGUGCAGGGCACAGCAGCACUGGGCCGCCGGGCUCAGGCUUGUUCAGCAGGAGCGGCAGUGGCCACCGUGUGGCACCGUCGUCGCCCGCGGCGUCCAAGUGGGACUUCCUUGACGGGCCCGGCUCGGCCACUGCUGCCGAGGUUGCGGGGGCUGGCGGCUCAGUUGCGGCGGAGCCGUCAGCGGGCACGCUGGGGCGCGGCGGCGGCGGCGGCCCGGGCGCGCCGUCGCGAGCAAAUAGCUUGCAGCGCAGCAGCAACAUGAAGACGGGAGGCGGCGGAGGCGGCGGUGGUCGUGGCGACACGUCCGUUCUGACGCCGGUGCAGCUGGCCCUGCAGGAGGCAGGACUGGACCCUGGGCUGGCUUCCGACGGCGGCCCCGGCGGCAUGGUGCUCGGCGGCGGCGGCGGCGGCGGCGGGCGCGACGGCAGUGGCAGUGGUGCCACGCCGCCUCGGCGCAACGCAGCUCCUGUUCCGGCCCCCGGUGUGCUGAGUGCCAUGCCGCAGCUGAUCGCCACCAACUCGCCGCUGGCCUCGCCGCGCGUGCGCACGCUGCAGAGCCUACGCACCUCGCACAGCGGCAUGCCUGGCAGCUUCGGCACGGGCUCCAGCGGCGGCAGCCCCUCGCUCAGCGCCAGCCACGACUUCGACUCGGUGCGAGCAUCCAGCGGCGCUGGUGGCGGCGCCGCGGGUGGCGGCGGCGGCGGCGCGGGAGUGGGCGGGAGUGGGGCCAACUCUCCAGCCUUCCGCAGCGGUGCGCUGACGCCUGCCGGGCGGCGCUCCUUCAGCGGGCACCCAGCGGGCGUGCCGCCCAGCCUUGCCUCGUCACUGCUGGACAACGCCAGCGGCGGCAGCAGCAGCUACAACGGUCGGCCCGCCAGCCCCGCCAUCGCUGCUGCCAGGGGCCCGGUCCCAAUGGCUCCCGGCCACCGCACCUCCUACUCCGGCGGCGGGCGCCCCGGCGCGCUGGUGCUGCCCUGCGGCGGCAGCGCCGGCGGCGCGCUGGACUCACCCACGCUGUAUGCACUGCGCCGCGGCGACGUGGGCUCCAACUCGGGCAGCCCCGCCGGAUCUCAGCUGGCGCACGGCGUCCCAGGGCUGGGGGUGGUGGAUUCGGAGCAGGCGGCGGCCGCCCUCGGCCACGGCUCCGCACCCAUGUCGCCCAAUGCCGGCAGUUUCUAUAGCCGUGGGGCACCGGGUCGCACCAGCUUCAGCGGCAGUGCCAGCGGCCGCUUCAGCAGCGGCGGCAUGACGCCGGCAGCGAAUGACUCCAUGCGCGCGUCCCACGGAUCCCUUGGGGAGUCCAUGCGGCGCAGUGGUGCCGGCGCUGGCGGCAUAGCGACGAUGAUGGGUGGCAGCGGCGGAAACGCGAGCAUGCGGGGCAGCGUGGGUGGCGGCAGCAUCCGAGCCGGCGGGAUGCGCGACUCGAAUGACAACCUAGUGGCGGCAGCCGCAGCGGUGGUGGCGGCGGAGGCGGAGGAGGAGGCGGCGGCAGCACGGUCGCUGGUGCCGCGCAACCAGGCGGGCACGUUCAUGGUGCGCGAGGGGUCGGCCUCCACGCGGCCGGGCAUGCGGCGCAUUGCGGGCGCGUUCUGAGGCUUUAGCAGUGAGGACGCGGGGUGCUGUUGGAAUGGCGGCAGUGGUUGCGUAACUAGGGAAAGGGUUGACGGUGCGUGCGGCGGCGCGAAAAGGUGAACAAGGACUCGGUUCCGAAGGCGCAUGGGACGCAUGCAUGUAAAUAGGCGUUCGGUCGGUGGAGUAUGUACAUACAAGCCAGGCAUGCUGGCACGGCGUUCAGGACUGUCGCUCCUUUCUGCGACUUGGAGUAAGGAUUGGUGGUGCGGCAUGGUGUGUAACCGGACAGAUAGAGCCGGUGGCACGUACCAAAUGUGAGGCGGAAAGGGUAAUUGUGGUAUCAUAACGUGUGACUUCAUGAUUCAACCAGUCGUGAGGUCGCGGGCUUUGCGUGCGGAUGCGUGUGGCGUUGUUACAACACGGACACAGUGCGGUGGUCAGAGCAGCUGUUUGAUCGGUUGUAGUCAAACGGCAUGCUUGGUCAGCGGCCGUUGAAAUCACGGCACGUGUUUGUCACAUACUGCCACUACUUUGUUGCGGGCCGUAAGUACACAUGCUCAUACUCCUGAAACAAGGGGUCGUGGCGUAAGAUGACGCCCUGCAGAUAGAAGCAUGCCUUGAUGCCUUGGACAGGGCAUUGGGCCUUCUGUAUUGCAAUUCAAACCGCGUUCUUGACUGGUAGGAUGGUGGCUGGUGAGACCGUACGGUGAUUGGUAUCAACAUGCUCAGGCGUAUGGACACAACACAGUACGUUAUACGUCUGCUUCUGUGGUUGCGAAUGCUGCAUGCACGUCAGGGGCCCAUGCAAGCUGAAACACCCAUGCCCAAACGCCCAAACGCAAUGCAUACUGAAGUGGUGUAAGACUUGUGCGGUUCGGAUGACCGGGAAUCCGAUAUCCCGGGUGAGGUCGGUUGCGCGCUUGCAUGUAUACGACUCCAUCUUGUGGUAGGAUGCACUACUUCGGGUAGGAAACAAAAUUAUAAAAUGCCAGACCUCACGCGGUCACGCCCCGAAACCCGUGGGACCCCCCUCCGGACCGCACGAGCGACCGAGUAUUUACUCUACUAUUUAAUGCGGGCGUGGUGCCAAUCGACUCC